AAUCUGGGAUUUUGCAUUGUGUAAUAUAACAGGCAGAUUGAUAUCACAGGCGCGAACUUAGAGGCGAGAGGUUGGGUUAGAGAAUCGUUUACCUGGUUUAACUCUGGGUUUGAGAAAGACAAGACCGAUUACUUAUUCACCGGCCGUGUCCGAGACAAGAGCUCGAAUAAAAAUAUAGAAAUGACCAACAGCAGCGAAGAACAACAAACCUCAUCACCUGCGGAGACCACUGUAGAGGUGGUGAUACAGCCAGCAACUCCAGAGUUGAACGUGGAACCUGAGCAAGUACCACAUGUGAUUACCACUCAACCGUUACCACCCAUGCCUGAACAUGAUGAAAGCGUGGCUGUGGUCAUGUGGGAGGCUACUGUUACUGGUCGGCGCCUCAUCGAUGAGAUGAUCAAUUUGGGAUCAUUUUACAUUGCGCAGGAAGAAAAGGCAGAAGGUCACGAUUUCAACGAGUAUGUCAUGCCUUACGGUAAACUGCCACUGAACGUGAUCCGCAACUACAACCUACGCAUAGUUGAUACGGGUCGCUAUCGCAUGCUCAAAGAGAUCCGCAACAACAAAAUGCUCAAGUCCAAGAGUGAAGUAGCUGCCUGCAAUGAUUUUGCUUCGUGGCUCAUUAAACUCCAAAAGGACAAUUUCCCUGACAAGAAAAUUAUCCUCGUCUUCUUUGAACCACGCCACUCAAAGAUUCUUCAGCUCUUCCAGGCAUUGGAACGCUUCCGUCUUCUAGAUGAUGUCAAUAAGAUUUUGCUUGGUUGUGUGAAUGGUUGGGAUCUGCUCCGUCAACAGGUGCACGAUUUGAGGGACGAACAUCGCAUGGUCCUGAAAGCCUUGGCUGACCAUCACCUCGGAGCCGACACACCACUGGAGAGUGCUGUUCAACGUGCACAAGCUCUUCAUAAGAUUCUGCGCAAAGUGCAUGGUGGUCGUAUCAACACUGGGGUACUUAAGGAGAAUCUAAUCAGUUGUGAACAUCUGUUGGAACAAGUUAAGAAGAUCAAGGAAGAGUUGAUUAAGGAGGCGCAAUGGCGACCGGUGUUUGCCGAUAUGUUCCGUCAAGGUAUUAAGCCUCGUCGGCGAGCUGGCUUCCUCCGCCAUUUGCUUGUCGAGUCGGGUAUUACCUACGCUGGAGUUACGGAGACAUUCAAAGAAAAGAAAGAUGACGGAGUAAUUGAAAUAGUAAAGGAAAAAAUCAAGGGCAAGAAUGAGGCUGAUGUGGAGGAAGUCAUUAAGCUGCUCAAUCAACACCUUGCCAACCCAGACAAGCCCAUCCGACGAGGCAGUGGCCGUCGAGCACCUCGCACUCGUUCCUUGUGUGCGGUCACGGAACUGGAUAAACAGCCACCGUCCAAGACUGAGGAAGAAAAUAACAACGACCCUGCCAAAGUGAUUUCGGUUGUUGUUGCCACUCCUACGGUCUUAUCUGAAGUUUGAAAUCCUCCCCCACCCUCCCCAUUCACUCGAACACUCCCUUAUUUUUCAUUGAACUUCACUACUUGAUUUUGAGAAAUUUGAUCUUUUUUAAGUUUAUAAGUCUUUCACGAAACAAGCUUGCUUGUCGCUUUUGGUUAUGCUUACUUCUUACCAGAGAUAACACUUGCAAAAUUUAUAUAUAUACCAGGGAGCUUUUUGGUAAUUGUUCUAGUCUGCUACUAAAAAAUCAAUCCAGGGUGUAUGUGUGCGAUGAAAAUGUAUCUGCAGUGCCUUGCAGUGCCUUUCAUACUUGUGAGUUGAUCUCAUGGAAUGGAAUACAAAAUACUCUGAGGAAAAAUAA